CGCCUCUAAAUUUAGCUCCUCACUGCCUCAUAAAAAGAAAAUGUAGUCUCUAUUUUUCUAACCACUUCUCCAAAACUGAAACCUUUGUAGAGAGAACUCAUAGUUCGAUAAAACAUUCUUUUUGCAACUGAGACUUGGCAACUUGUUUUUGCUCAAAGUGUCACUCCUUCUCGUUGAUGGUGAUAAGUAUUAUAUGAUGAAAAGUUUGGCUAGUGCGGUCGGUGGGAAGACGGCGAGGGCAUGUGAUAGUUGCGUGAAGAGGCGGGCACGUUGGUAUUGCGCAGCUGACGAUGCUUUCCUUUGCCAUGGAUGUGACGGUUCGGUCCACUCUGCGAACCCUCUUGCUCGUAGGCACGAGAGGGUCCGCUUGAAAACGGCUAGCACCGGAAAGCAUCGCCAUGCAGAUGUUUCCUCUCCCUCACCACCUCAUCAAGCUACGUGGCAUCAGGGAUUUACUCGUAAAGCUCGGACCCCACGCGGAGGAAAGAAGGGCCACACGAUGGUUUUUCAUGAUCUUGUGCCGGAGAUGAGCACGGAGGAUCAGAUGGAAAGCUAUGAGGUGGAAGGGCAGCUCAUCUUUGAGGUGCCGGUGAUGAACCCGAUGGUUGAGGAGCAAUGCUUUAACGAAUCCGUCGAGACAAAGAUCGAGUUUCCGAUGAUGCCCGUGUGUUUCAAGAGCAGCGAUGAAGAAGACGAGGAUAACGCUGAAAGUUGUCUGAAUGGUUUAUUCCCAACCGACAUGGAACUGGCUCAGUUCACAGCUGACGUGGAAACUCUCCUUGGUGGGGGGAUAGAGCGAGACUUUCAUCCCACGGAAGAUCUAGGGUUAGGUGAGAUGUUGAAGAUCGAAAAAGAAGAGGUUGAGGAAGAGGAAGGAGUCGCGACCAGAGAUGUGUGUGAUCUUAAUGAAGUUGAUGAGACUUCUCCAUUUGAAAUAAGCUUUGACUACGAAUACGCAUCCAAGAGCACAUACGAAGAAGAAGAAGAAGAUAAUGAAAAAGAAGACGUGAUGAAGAAUGUUAUGGACAUGGGAGUGAAUGAGAUGCGUGGUAAAAUUAAGGAAGAGAAGAAGGAGAAGGCUCUUAUGCUUAGAUUGGACUACGAAUCGGUUCUUUCCACUUGGGGAGGCCAAGGGAUCCCAUGGACUGCUCAAAAGCCAUCUGAAAUAGACCUCGACAUGGUUUGUUGUCCAACCGAUUCCAUGGGUGAAAGUGGAGCAGAUCAAGCUCACCACUACAACCACUUUCGUGGCCUAGGGUUUCACAUGGGAGAGGCUGGGGAUGGAGGAAGAGAGGCCAGAGUUUCAAGAUACCGAGAGAAAAGGAGGACAAGGUUGUUCUCCAAGAAGAUAAGGUAUGAGGUACGCAAACUGAAUGCAGAGAAAAGGCCUCGAAUGAAAGGAAGCGGUCUCCUGGGGAAAAAACUUUAAUGCGGUGGGAGGAGCUUGGAUUGUUCGCGAUAGUCAAGGUCAAGUCAUGUUUCCAUGCGCGAACGGCUCUAGAACAGACAGAAACUACGCUUUUAGCAGGACUGAAAGUUGCUAGGUGGGUUUUGGAGGCACUGCAGAUUUUACAGAUUCCUCGGGUUGAAAUGGUGAUGGACAAUACUGCAGUGAUUGAGGCGAUAAAUAACCCUGGGGAGUGGCCACGGUAUAACAUCAUAUUGCAGGAUAUCACACAACUCUUGUCCAGCUUUGAAUAUUGGGAGUGUCAUCAUGUGGCGGUUUCGGCGAAUAAGGUUGCUAUGGCUAUCGCCAAGAGUGUGACAAGAGAGGGAAGGGUUCAGUCAUAUCUUUCUUUGGGAGGACCAGCUUGGCUCCAUGACCAAGUUAGAAGAGAUAUUGGAGAGAGCGACUAAGGACCGCAGCUACACAGUCUUCUCUGUCUUUGUGGCUUCCACUUGGAGGGUCGAUUGACCUCAGUAUCAAAUGUGAUCUUGUUUUUGUUUUUUGAUUCCCUUUCUAUGUUUACAUUAUAUUCAUUUUUUAUGGUUC